AUGGACAAGCUCUUUAGAUAACAGAAACAGCGCUGUAAUUCAUUAUUACAUAAUAUCAAAAAAUAAGUAUUGUUAAUAUUAAAUUUAAGCCUUCAAAAUUCUUUCCAAAACAGUCAGAUAUUCAUUUAAGAGACAUUAUAACAUUAUUCUUAAAAAUUAUAUAGGAAAAUAAGAUUCCUUUGGAAAUUGUAUUUGAAGAUGAAUUAAUUAUGUAUGUUGAAGACUUAUUAAACAAUUAUUUAAGGAUUUUUAAAAAUUCAUUAGCGUUAAGAUCUUGUAUUAGAGAUUGA